AUGAGCCUUGAGCUACAGGCAGUGGAUGGUCGCAAUGAUUCCUGGACAACAGUGUGGCCUAGGCUGAAGGGAGGUGACGUGCGGGUGGGUGGUAGCCGGGCGGUGAAUGCUUCUCCCCACGCUUCCUCGUUGGUGUUUAUCAUUCGCCUCAGCAACCACAAGCUCUUCAAAGCUCUUUAUCCCACUCACAUCAUUCCUUGUCAAAACCUAUCCAGCAUGGCAGCUGUACCUAUCAUUGUUAAGCAUGCUGGCAAGCGCCACGAAGUCGAGCUUGACCCUACAUCGAACGGCGAGACCCUCAAAUAUCAACUCUUCUCCUUGACUGGUGUCGAACCCGACCGCCAAAAGGUUCUCGUCAAAGGUGGCCAGCUCAAAGAUGACACACCUCUUUCGUCCCUCAAUGCCAAGCCCGGGCAGGUGUUUAUGAUGAUGGGCACACCAUCGGGAGGCCAAGGUUCUGCUGACCUUGGUCGACCCAAGGAAACCGUCAGAUUCCUGGAAGACAUGACCGAGGCGGAGGUGGCUAGGCAGGAAGGUGCUACUCCCGCUGGCUUGCAGAACCUGGGCAACACAUGCUAUCUUAACUCCACCUUACAAACAUUGCGCAGUGUUCCGGAGCUUCAGCAGGAGCUCCUCAACUACCGCCCAAGCGGAGGAGCUGGUCAAUCUGGACUGUCAGACCUGAGCAGCUUUGGCCUGGGUGGUCUCGGCGGCUCUCGCGAUUUGGCCGCCUCGCUACGAGACCUGUUCAAGCAAAUGUCUGAAACCCAGGUGGGAAUUCCUCCGCUGAUGUUCCUCAACGCUCUUCGAUCUGUCUUUCCUCAAUUCGCUCAGCGUGAUCGAAACGGACAAGGCUAUGCCCAACAAGAUGCUGAGGAGGCUUUCUCUCAAAUUAUGAACCAGCUGCGGGCCAAGUUGACCAUCACUGAAGGAGAGGGGGAUUCUGCCACAAAGACUUCGUUUGUGGACAAAUAUCUCGCCGGUCAAUUCGAAUCCGUUACUGAGUGUGAGGACCCAGCUGCGAAGGAGCUCGGCGAGGAACCCAGUCAAAGCUCAGAUGUUUUCUAUAAGCUGGACUGUCAUAUUGGGAAGGAAACCAACCAUUUGCAAGAUGGAAUUUUAGCUGGCUUGGAGGAAGAAAUUGAGAAAAACUCUCCUUUGUUGGAGCGGAAUUCUGUUUACAAAAAGCGGUCUCGCAUCGCACGACUGCCCAAGUACCUCACCGUUCAUUUCGUUCGAUUCUACUGGAAGCGCGAGACUCAAAAGAAGGCUAAGAUCAUGCGCAAAGUGACAUUCCCUGCUGAACUGGAUGUGGUGGAGUUCUGUACCGAGGAUCUCCGCAAGCAGCUUGUUCCUAUUCGCGACAAGGUUCGCGAGAUUCGCAAAGAGGAGUUGGACGUCGAGCGAGCCCAGAAGCGCCAACGGGUUGCGGAGGAGCGUGCGGAGCGUCAAAUGAAAGAGACGAAUUUGGGCGACAACGUGGAGCCCAUGCAGAAGAAGCAGGCCACCGAGGAGAACAAAGCCAAGGCCAACGACAAGGACGGCGACACCCAGAUGGAGGAAACUUUCAAGACCGAUGCCGAGUACGAGGCUGAGAGAGCGGAAUCCAUCCGCGUUGCUAAGAAAGAACUCCAAGAGCUUCUCAUUCAAAGGGGCACUGGAGACAAUGGAACCAACCAGUCCGGUCUUUAUGAGCUUCGUGCUGUGAUCACCCACCAGGGUGCUAGCGCUGACAGCGGCCACUACACCGCGUAUGUCAAGAAACAGGAGCGGGAUGAGGCUCAGCCCGGUAGCAAGCGCCGAGAGGAGGGUGGCAAGUGGUGGUGGUUCAACGAUGACACGGUGACUGAGGUGGAAGCACAGAAGAUCGAGACCCUUUCCGGUGGUGGUAAGUGA